GGGAGCCUGGUUGUGCAGGCAGGGAACGGUGGUUCAUGUGUGGACGCAGAGGGGUUCAGUUGUGUUACAGCCAGAAGGCUUGCGCCGGGGUUACAGCCCCGCGGUGCUGUGGCCGGGGCUGGAAGGGGAGCGUGUGAGACCAGCGGGGACGCGGGACUGGUGCCUGGCAGAGGCGGAUGAAGGUGCGCUGGGGCCCUGGGCAAACACAGCAUUGGAGCGUCCUCACCCCCCAGGGGAACUGGGAUGCAGAGGGGAGGGGCCCCGUCCCCUCCUGGUGCUGGCGGGCUGGGCUGGGGGUGGGGGGCACAUGCCCGCCUCGUCUCCCUGCUCCCCAGCCCCCCUCCUCCGCUGUGGCCAAACAUACACACACACAGGCAGACACGCACAGACGGGCGCACACUCUACUCUCACUCACUCUGCACAUGGACACACAGGCACAAACACUCUCCCUGCCAUGAACACAGACACAUGCACACACACAUGCACACGCACACAUGCACAUACACAGAUGUGCACACACACGGACAGAUGCAUGCAGACACACGCACACAUAGACAGACCUGUGCACAUACAUACAGAUGCACACACACACAGAAGGGUACAAAUGCAUGGACACACACACACACAGAAACUGACACAUACAGAUGCACAGAUGUGCACACACAGACACACACAGAAUCAAAUGCACAUGCACAAACACAGACAAAUGCAUACAUACACAGAUGUAUACACAGAUGCACACACAGGCACGCACACAGAUUCACGCAGACGCAUGUACACACGGAGAUGCACAUGCACAGAGGCACACACACAUGGACAAAGAUGCAUGCAUACACACAGAUAUGCACACAGAGAUGCGUGCGUGUGUGCGCACGCACACACACACACACACACACACACACACACACACAUACAGACCUGCACACACAGAGACAGAGAGACAGACACAUGCACACCCAACCACACGCUCUCCCCUCACAGGACCUCCCCCUCCCCACUCUGGAUCACUUUGAGGCAGCCCCUUCCCCUUCCCCAACCACAUCUCACUCCCGCCUCGCCCCUGUUGCACUGACAGGUGGGCUUCUGCACCUGUGUGUGAACGUGCAUACACAUGAAUGGGUGUGUGUGUGUGAGUGCAUGUGUGUGAGGGCACACAUGUGCAUUUAUCAGUGUGAAAGAGUGUGUGUGUGUGUGUGUGUGUGUGUGUGUGUGUGUGUGUGUGUGUGUGCCUUUAGAGCCCUAGCAGGGCUCUAAACACUGGCGCCCACUGUGGGUUAAACUCCCAGGCACCAUUGGUGGAUUAAUGGGCAGCCCAGGGGCCACUACAUCAUAUGGGAAGCAAAAGCGCGUGCACACACACGCACGCACACACACACUUUUGCACUGAUAAAUGCACAUGCAUGCAUGCUCACAUGUGCACAAAGGUGCAGUUGUACAGAUAUGCACAUGCACACACAUACAUGCGGAGACAUGUAUACACUUAAACGUGUGUGCACAGGCAUGCAUGCACAAACACAUGUGCAUGUGCACUCACUGACACACAUACAUGCAUGCACAUGCACAGACACAAACACACACACACACAUGCACAAAUACUGUCACACACACCUGCUGGAGGGAACUGCUCUCUUUCCCUGUCUCAGACACCGGAAGUGAGAAAAGGCAGCGUUCAGGUCACAAGGAUGCGGCAGAGCAGACUCCCCGGACGAACCUCGUUGUUGAGGAGCCAUGGACACAGGCGGUGAGUCCCUGUGAGGCCUGGCACUCAGCUGGGCCUGGCAAGGGGGCACGUACACUGGACGGGAAGGGGGCACAGGUAUUUGAUUUUUGAGACACACACACACAUAAGCGCAUAACCCAAGUAUCCUGGAUGCACAACACACACACACAACCCAGGCAUCUGCACUUGGAGAGUGUAUGUGGGGCCUGGGGAGUAUUUCAUUUUUCUCUGUCCUGGGGGAGGGGUGGGCAUAUUCAAUUUUUCACACACACACACACACACACACACACACACACACCCCCAGGUGUCCUGGACACAGAAUGCACUCACACACAUACGCGUGCACAAAAUCUAGUUGUUCUGGAUGCACAACAUGCACGCGCAAACACACAAACACAUAACCCAGGUUUCUGGUACGCACAGCACACACAUAAUCUCACAUACACACACAAACAACCCAGGUGUCCUGGAAGCAUAACAUAGACACAGAAACUAGGUGUCCUGGAAACACGGCACAUACACACAAAACCUAGGUGUCCUGGAUGCACAACAGACACAGACACACACCAUCUGCACUCGGAGGGUGUGCAGGUCAGGGUAUAUUUCAUUUUCCUCUGACGGGGGGCAGGGGGGAGAGUGUAUCUGAUUUUUCCUACACACACACACACACACACACACACGCUGCCCAGGCUUCUGAUGCCCUCACACACACACACACACACACACACACACAAAAUUUGCUGUGGGAUAUAGCAUUGUUUUGUUGAAACAAGCAUAAAGAAAGCUCUUUUCCCUUUGCCUGUGAUCUAACAGUCCCCAGAAAUCAUUCUUUCCUUCUCCGUGCGGCCCCGCUCCCGGACGAGUUUCCUGGCUGGGCUCACUUGAUUGCUCACACCCUGGUUUCCACCGGCAAUGCCAGUGCUGGUGCCCUCCAGGGCACUGCGUGUCCGGCUGUUGGGUGAUGGACACGGCCGUCGGAGGAAACCUCUGGGAGGGAUGGGAGCGUGAGGUGCAGGGCAGAGGCUGGCGGACGGUGCCAGGCCCUGGCGUGCACGUCUCCCGUGCAGGGGGCGAGCGCCUGCGCGGGGCUUGCAGGAGCCGAGGGGCUGCUGAAGGUCUGCGCUGGCGGGAAGGCGCUGGGCUUGAUCCGCAGCAGCCCAGCGCCUGGGGAGCUCUUGGCAGCAGAGCCGCAGGGCUCCUGCUCAGGGAGUGAGGCUGGGUCAGAAAUGCUGCUGCCCUGGGAACAGAGGAAGUUUCCUGGGCCAGGGAGAGGCUUUUGAUGCAGGCAAGUGGCCUUAUUUUGGGGGUGACUGUGGGACAGUUUAGGGGGUUUGCCAGAGGGCUGCGAUUCUUUUUGUUUCAAUUGCGCCAGGGGCUUAGCCUUGAGCUGUACUGAGGGGCACUCACAGCACACCCCAAGGGUCCGGGGUCAGGGAGGAGCUGCGUGGAGACCCUGGGGAUGUCCUGAAGCCCAGGAGAGGCUCAAGCUGCAGGACAGACCAUAGCUGGGGGUUGCCAGAGCCAGGCACUGCCAGGGACUGCCAGAGCCAGCGCGUCGGGUGAUCUUCCCUGGCCCAGGAGUGGGGCCAGGGCCCAGGAGCGGGCACCGGUGCAGGGGUCCACUGCUGGGACCCGCAGCCAAGGAGGCUGAGCCUACAAGUCGGGUGCUGCAGCAAAGCCCAGGCCCGCACCGUGUCCUGCACACCGGUGACGGCAGGGGGGUCCAGCGGGGGUCCAGCUGCUCACAGCUGUCACGGGGGGCGCUGGCAUGUCACUCGAUGCCACCAGUACUAACGGGGGUUAUAGUUUCCUCUGCAGUCGUGGGCCUGUGAGAUCCCCUGGUGUUCACAGUCCAGGGCUGUGCUCUGGCACCUGCUCUGGGGGCUGUGCUGGGAGAGGCCUGCGCUGCAGCACCCAGUACCCAGCCCAGGGCAUCUGGGCCUUUCUGCAGUGCUGGAUCCUGACCCCCGGGCAGCCCGGCACCAGCUCCUGAGCCGGAGAAUCCUAAAUAGGGGAACCUCUGCCCUAACGUAUUGGUACAGCCUCUUGCUUUGCUUCACCUGGAGGAAAAGGCAUGUUGUGGACUGUGUGAUGAUGUGCCACAGUAUCUGCAUCUCUCUCUGCAAAACCCUGGAUCCACCCGUGCACUCGGGAUCCUGCUCCCAGCAGCACUGGCAGGAGCUGCCCCAGCUCCUAGGAAGUGAACGUCCCUGGGAAGGGGGGUGAAUGAGAUGGGAAGGGAGACCCAGGCUGGACGGGGCAGCAGGAGCAGGCAGUGGGAGGGAGGUGGCCAGCUCCAGCCUGGCCCAGGCCCCUUCUCUGUAGCCGGCCUGGCAGAGGCGCUGUCCUGUGACUACGGUGAGAAGCGGAGAGGAAAAGCCAGUCCAUCCCCUGCCUGGUGCCCCAUCCUUGCAUUUCUGUCCCAGGCCAGCUGCACAAUAACUUCCCACUUCACUGCGGACUCUCCCGUCGGACCAGGAGACAGGGGGGAAAUGGUUGCAGUGGAGCCUGAGCAGGAGCAUUAGCCCCAGCUAGGAAAAGGAGGCAGGGUCCCAUGAGGUCAAGGAGAACCAGAAUAACCUGCCCCUGUGUGUAGAGGCCAGCACCCAGGCAGAUGGCCCUGGGCAUGAACACGCCAGCAGCCAGACCCAGGCCCUCUGCCAGGCGGAGAUGAGGUGCCAGACUGAACCCCUGCCUGUGACAGAUGCGAGCACCCAAACUAAGUCUCGCCGACAUCAAAAACGACUAGGACAGGGAGAGAGGUGCAGCACUUAGCACUUGACUUCAUUAAAGUGCAUCCUCUUCUGUCCAUCAUCCAUCUCUAACGAGUUACCCUUGUGCAAUCAGGAGCAGAUGCCCCUCCCAGGGGAUGGACACAGGGACUCAGGCCAGCCUGCCCCGCACCACUGAGGCCAGCACCCAGGCAGAGGGCCCCCACCAUGCAGACACCUGCACCCAGACUGUGGCCCUCUGCCUGGCUGAGGUGGGGAGCCAGGCUGGCCCGGGGCCAACACUGGAGGCGAGCACCCAGACCAAGUGGCAUCAUGGUCUGCAAUGGCAACAACAGGGGGAAAGUGCUGACACGGCGGCAGAGGGGAGGAGGCGAAGAUGGGGAGCAGUAAGAAGACUCGCCUGGACCAUCCCAUGCUGUAUUGCCCCCAGGAGAUGAACACCUGAACUCCUCCCCUCCCCACGCACCCCUGUCAUCCCCUCCCUAUAUCCUCCCCUGCCUGAUCCGGGAUGGGCCCACAGGAUGCCAGUGUUAGUGAUUCUGCCUCUCUGAGCAUGCCCCUGCCCGCUGCACCUCGGCACUGCAGCUCCGGUGACCCAGUUGCAAUCAAGGCAGGCAGUGCCACGCUGAACAGAGGAGCCCCACUGAUUGCCCCAAGGACCAGGUGCAAGAGCUUAAGGGUGGGCCCAGAGACAGAGGCACACGGGGCUUUCACCAGGACACUUUAAACAGGCUUGGAUGCUCUCCCAGCUUUCAGAAGAUCAUGCUUUCUGCAAGGUCAGCGUGGCUGGGGAAGCAUUGGACACUCAUAUUUUUCUGUAGCAUCUGGGAAAAACCUGGAAGUUCAACUUGCCACAUGAAGGAAUCCAGCAGGUUCCCCUGUAGCACAAGACAGGUGGGAAAGCAUCGCACGCUCUCCUGACUGCUGCAGCACCGGGGACCCGGGCAGAGAAGAAAAGACAACGUCAUCACACCAAGAUGUCACCAGGGCUAAUGCCAAGACCCGAGGAGAAAGGGGUGAGCUGCAGAGAAGGAGGAGCCCCAGACAAGUCAUGAAUAUGCUGUCAUAGCUAGACCCUCAGGGAACCACUGACCACCACCUCCAGGCAAGUGAAGUUUCACCCACUGGAAACAACAAAGGCGUGGCGUGGCGUGGCGUGGCAUGGCGUUGCAUGGCGUGACCCAGAGGGGUGGGACUUGUCUGUGGCCCAUCGGCCACUGCGUCUGGCAUGAGCCUGUCACAAAACCCUUCUCCCACUGCAAUAAAAGUCUCUUUGAUCAGUUUGUCCUGUCUCCUUUCUGACACUAGGUCAAGCCCAGGACGAUUGCAGUCAGGCCUGGUGUUGGCAGUGGGAUCGUAGCCGAGAACCACAGAGGGGUGAGGACGCUGCUGCACUGCAGACUCCCCGUGCAGUUGGCCCAGGCACAGCAGGAUGCCUGAUCCAGCCCAUCGCCCGACUUCCCACUGCAUCCAGAGCUGCCCUGUGUCCCAGCACCAGCAAUCAAGCUGUCACGGCACGUCUUCCCUUAAACCUUUCCAUAGGCCAGGGCUGCCUUUCUCUGUUGUCCCAGGGAGCCAGACAGUCUUCUCAAGGCAUCCUCACAAGGAUCACAACUGUGACAUGAUGGUGAGAGGCUUGUCUGCUAUCCUUGACAUCAAGAGUGAUGCCGUCUGUGGCCGUGGACUUCUGCUAGGGUUACACACAUUGGCAAAGUUGCGAGGAGGCUUGGCAGGCUAAUAGUGCUCCAAAAAUACAGAGAAAAGUUCUUGAUGGAGGAACAAGCAAUUGAAGCAGAAUAUUUCACGAUGGUGGCAGAGCCAGAAGUAGGUUGCAGCACAACAGAAAUCUUUAGUCCUUUUGGUCUUUCUGGCCAUGGGAUUCAGGUUUCCUUCCUGUGAAGUACUGUGUGGUUGCUGAAGCUCAGUGUCAUCCCCAUGUUAUGAGAAGACAUGCAGAGGCCUCUUGCUUCAAUACAACUCCCACGUUGAUAAUGGAUGGUGAUGGGGCAGACAUGCGUGAUUACCAGAAGCCCCUGGUCACGGACCUUCCCCAGUCACAGACCUGCACGUACGGAGCCAAGGACUGGAUGAUGAUGAUUUGUACUUUGAACUGAGACUGGUGUGCGAUGAGACAGCUGCAAUUAUGACUGAGCAGGCCUAUUUCGAUCAGCUCUGCUCAUCUGUGUGCAGGGGACACUAGAAAAGGCACCUUGAACAGCCUGUGUCAUGUCACCUGCCUGAAUCUGCCCAGGUCAAGUACUGAGGUCUGCAACAUGGACUAUCCGCACCCUGGUGCACGGCACUAACAGCGACCGACUGGCCUGAAGGACAGCACUUGUGUCCAGAGCUGUGUGGAUUUCUUUUCCUGAACAAGCGUGCAGAAAAUGAUCUACUCAUCCCAAAGCAACUGAAUGACACCGUGAAACGUAUGACAGGUACUUGCAGAUACACUCAUGUUCCUUGGCUGUCUCUUCUAUCUCAUACCCCUUCUCAAGUUCGAGAGAAAGAGGCUACAGUAUCAUGGACCCCACAUCUAAACUUCCUGGUUUUCUUUUACUAAGGCAGAGUUUGACUAUGUUGAACAAGGUUCAGAGUGGACAACUACCUACUUCGCUACUGGAAUUGUAUUAAAGCGCCCAAGUGUGAGUGUGGCAAAAUCCAGACUGUUGCACAUAUCACCGAGGACUGUCCUGUUUAUCUUUGAAAUGAUUGCACUGAAGACCUGCACUAGGCUGCUGACGAUGCCUCGCCAUAGGUAUCAUACCUGAUACGGUCACUCUCGCCUUAUCCCUCAGUGCUGUUGCUGAUAGGAUGCUUAGAGCUUGUUCUGUUAUUCGGAUGCUGUAUUCCAUAGGAAUAAAUCACUAAGCAAUAAGUGGAAGCCAUUGUGCAAGACCCCUGCUCAAAACCCUGGCUCCUAACUGACUGUAUCCUAGUGCAUUGCAAAGUCCCCCUCGGCACAGCUACAACCAGCGCAGUGCAGGACACCAACAGCUACAACGGCCGUAGCAGAAGCACUCACGUCGCGGCCCGGGCAGAUCCUGACAAUCUGCAGUGCUGCUGAAUCCCUGUCCUCGACCGUCUCAGGCAGGACACGAGAAGAGGAGGAGAGGACGAGCAGUACAAAAGGCUGCUGGAUGGAUCCGCAUUUGAUAUGCUCCACCAUGCCUGUCCGCACGGCCACAAACUGCUGUCAGCAAAAGAAGCAACCAAAGAAGGGGUUCAAUGUCAAGUGCUUGAGAAACCCUGCUAAAAGACAUCAUCUCCACCAGUUCUUCACGGACAAACACGCCAACUGCCCUGAUGCUCCUGACACCACUGAUCACUCAACAAAGAGCGAGAGCUUCAAGAAAGGCGUCCAUGAGACGUGCUAAAAAUCUCAAGGCUUCUCCAAAAAGAAACAUCAUGCUGGCUGCACCCGUCUGAAGUUGCCUCCGCUCUAAUAAAGCAGUUGAGCGCGGCGUGUGCUUGGGUUUUCCCCUGCUCUGCUCUGGCUAACGGGUAUCAGGAUCCCACGGGCAAUUGCUUCGUCAGAUUCCCUAGUCGUUGCGCCUCACGUGGGGUUGAGGUUUAACACUUCUGUCUGCUGGUGUCACAGCAUGGAGAUCUGGUCUGUCCACACUGUCUAUUGGGAGUCUGAAAAUGACACUGGCUUUCCAAAAAUAUUGGAUUAUGGGGUUGUUUCUUUGGGGUUUUUCGAGUUUAACCUGAGCUGGGGCUCUUGUUACGUCUCCCACCAUGUACUGCAGGAACGAUCCUACAGAGCACAGUGCCUGGCAGCGGUGGAGAAUGAGCAUGGGAAGCCUUUGCAUAAUAUCGAGUGUAUGCUUCAGAGGAAAUUACUCUCCAUGUGGAAACCAAAACUCAUAAUAAAAUACAAGCCAGAUGUUUGGCUACUAUAUGGGUGAUCUUACUUAGAGGGACAAAGCUGUAGGAGACAGUCCAGCUUGGAGCAGCAUCUUGCUUAGCCCUGUUGUUAACAGGACAGGAGCAUGUGUUCACAAGAACUGUUCAUAACCACAUCGCUAUCCAAGGGACCGGGAUGGUGGACUGCUGGAGCCCCAUUUCUGGGUACUAAACUGAAGGCUGCAUUAGAGCUGCCAUAACCUUGAGCCCUGCCAGAAGAGAAGGGCAGUGCCUGGAGUGUUGUUCAUCUUGUAAAAACAUGGCAGGGACAGCUCCCGCCCCUGAGUCUUGCUGUGCCAUGAGUGCACAGGCCCACAGUGGGGAAAGCUGGAGUCUUGCUGCAUCCAGGGAUCUCUGGAAAACUGUGCCUUAGACACAGAGCUGCUCCCUAGUGCACCACAUUGCACGUGGCGUAUCCCUCCAGGGUCCGGCCUGUGCUCCAUCUGGGGCAGACGCCCAGUGAGCAGUCCCUUGCCUCCUUCAGGAACUUGCAGACUGUCACUGUGCUUGGUCCUGGCUGUGCAGGGCGGAGGAACGAUGACUGCACGACCCUUCUCGCCUCGCCCAAGCUGGGAACAGCCGGGGUCUGGCACUACAUUGGCAGCAGCCUCCGAGAUGCUGCUUUGGCUCUAUGCUGCUGGGUUUUGUGAAACCAGGUCCUUGCACUGCAAGCUCCUGUAGGGUAGGAACUAUCUCUGCUCUGCAUUUGUAUAUCUAGGGCAAUAGUGUCCUGGUCGGUGACUGCAGCUUUCAAGUAAUUCCCGGUGCAGAUGAAGGAGGAUGCUAGUGGUGUGAGACUUGCAUAUCACCCCCAGUGAACUCCUUGAGGGGAGUCUCUAUAUUUAGCAACUCCAACUUGGUCAUCAAAGUUGUGAAGUGUAGCAGCAGGGAAGUCUGCAUCUCAAAGGUGGCCUCAAGUGUUUCGCAGCACAGUCAAUGUCAGUGCAAGGGAAACAUCUAGCUGUUCCUUUGCAUCAGCCAGGGAGUUGUCUACAGGCUAACACUGAACUGCAGUUAGUUAUAAGCACACAAAACAGAAAGCUGGCUGAGGUUUCUUUGAACUGUGUCCCUAAAUGCAUCCUUGGGCAAUACAGUGCAUCUCUGUGAGCUUUGCUGUUCUUAAAAAGGCUUGGACCGUAACUUCCAAAUGGCCACCGAUAACACACACAUGCGGAGCACCCUCCAUCUUGUGCUAAAUGAGGGCUGCUAGAGGAAGGCAUCAGAUCCUCUCAGCCUUUCUCUGCCUCAGCAAUCGAGCUCAGCCGGCUGGUGGGCUGGAGCAGCAGCAGGGCACCAGGCUGCAAUGUGCCUGGGAAUGGGAAAUACCGCCAUUCACUUGAUGAGAUUUGCGGUAGAUCUUUACCGAAGGGGAAAGGGACCCCUCAAAACUAAACGCUCUCUAGAAAGAUUUAACUAUGCUGUUCAAUGAGUUUUUCAAAGACACAAGGAAGCUUUGUCCACCUCUGAGCAUCUUGGAGGCCGGUAGUCUGGCUGCAGGACUUCCUGCCAUGGAGUCUGUGGAGUUCUGGUCUUGGCUCGAAUACUGGCAACCGGCACGCCACUUGUCUUCCCGCACCGCAGGGCCUGGGCUUUGCCCUUCUCUGGACCAGGGAUAGUGGUGCACACCUACCACUGGGUCUGCAUUAACCAGCUGCUGUCUGUGGUGCACUCUGAAGAGGAGGUGCGGGUGCUGUUUUCUGGGGGUGUCUGGCAUCGUUCCUGCGGGCACUGGACCUCUCCAAGGGAACUGCGGACAUCCCAGAGAGGUUUAAAGGUAGUCAGCUGAACGAUGCGGAAAACCUCCUGAAGCACAAGGAAAAUGACAGUAUUGCUCUCUAUGCAGCAAGGAAGGAUGAGCUGUGGCUCUCUGUAGUGGAUCCCUGGUUUUCACUUACAAUUGAUGCAAGCUGUACCAGCAGCACAACACAGCCCUGUGGGUCAGAGGCACUGGCACACAUCACACGUGAUUCGCCACACAUACUUUUCCACACAGAAAGGAUGAGGACGGCAGGCUGCUUUGGAAAGUUUGACUCAUGCCCUCUGCUUCGGAGGAUGGGGACAAUGUGGCCUGUGGCAGCAGGCUGUUGGCUGCAGCAAGCCCUGUGGGGCCUUAAGGUUUGCUGUGCUGAGAAUCUAGUACUGCUUUUUUUUUGUAAUUUUAAUUAUUUUAAUAUCGCUCAGAUUUCUUUAACAUAAGGCCACUUGAUAGAGUUUGCCUCUUGGUGGCUUUGGUACGUACUCUUGGACUGAGGAUCUCCAUGUAAGAGAGUGGAUGUAGUGUAGUUUUAUUUGAGCUUGAAACUGAAACUAAGCGAAGUAGCUUGGGGCUCAAGGAGAGGCACGCGGUACAAAUGGCCAGCGUAGCUGCUACUCACGGGAUCCCUCGGUGGAGGAAGGUCAGAAGCAGGCCAGGUAGACGGGCGGUCACCUUUCCACCGUCCUCUUCUUUCCCAAAGGCAUCUUCUUGGGAGCCUCUUUCCAAGGCUGUUAUUCGAAUGCUUGCUUGAUUGUCCAUGUCUCGAGAGCAUCCCUGCUUUGUUUAACUUGCUAUCCCCCAUUCAUUUUGACACUGCCGUUUAUCACGGGUUCAAAUUCAACUUCCAGUGUAAGCUCAUUAACACAUUCAAUACUUCUGUUGUAUAACGAUACUUGUGGCUUACACCCGUGACUGGUGGUAAUGCAUACUUCCUAAAAAAACCCACGCGCUCUGUCUGCAGUUUCUGCUUUAGCAUCUUCAGUCUUUAUCAACAACUGUGGUGGAAGUUCACAAGCUGGCCCUUUAUUAGGCUUGGAGCCUACUCCCAGUGGGGCUGGGCUGUAGUUAGCUGACAUACAAUUAAGUAGUAACUUAGAUCCUAGCCUCCUUGGUUAUUGCACUAUUAAAUGUAGGAUUACCUCAUGGAGCCAAAGAAAGGAAAUAUUCCUUUAUCAGCCAGGAAACUAAUUGUAAUGCCUAGUUAUACAUCUGGGACAAUUGUUACUGGUAUUUUCACCUUGGCAGGUGCACGAGUACAUUGUGCCCCAGUACUUCUGCCUUCAGUGUAGAGCUGCAGCAGCAUCUUUUUAUCCCAGCCCUUUUCUGCAGCCCUCUCUGCUAGGUCACAGCGGAGCUCGGGGAGGCUGUGCAGGGCUGCAGGACGGGGGAGAGUUGUGGGUGUCUGAGAGCGGUGGCAGGGAACGUAGUAAUCUUUCUUAGCCCUUUCACUUGCCACACAUUGCACCUCUUCCCACAGAUUCAAAUGUGUAUUGCUGCAAUGCUAGAGCAGGGCUCUCCAACUUCCGUACGGCAUGGUAACAGCAUUAAUGGGGACCACGGGCCCCCCAGAUUGCAUGCCCCACAUGCGUCAGGUGGGUGCUCUCUCCUGAUGCAUUACAUGGGUGCAUGGGUGGGUGGUCCACUGCAUACCACCCUGCCUCACCUGCAUCUCCUGGUAGGCUUCUCUGCUGCACCGUACCACAUGGAUGCUCCGGGCUGCCAGCUCUCCUGACUGCAAGCUGUGCUGUGCAGUUCCUUGCUGCCCCAUGCUGUGGGCAGGGGCAUGCAGCAGGAGCCCAGGGAGGAAAGGGUAGCCCCAAGACCUGGGCUGCUGCUGCAGUAGGGGCAGUGGGAGCCUGGGGCCACAUGCAGCCCAUGGGCCACCAGUUGGAUGGUCCUAUGCUAGAGCAUGCUCUAAAAACAGAGCGAUAAGGACUGUCCCUACCCUGGAGAGUUUGUGAACUUAAAAUGGAGUUUUGGCUUUUGUUUAAUUUCACACUAUUGACUCUCAGUGUUUGAGUCUGCCUUCUCCCUUGGCCCAAACUUGCAUGAGAGCAAGGCUACUGAAGAUGAAGAACAAACCUUGUCCUGGCCCUAACCUGGCAAGGUACAACGGCCUUUCUCUGCUGGGACCGUUGUGCUGAAUCCAUGGCAAGCUUUGCAUAUUAGCUGCUGCCUCCGUUGGGUACGUAUAGUGGUGUCAGAGAUCCUUAUCCUUGGAGAUGGAGCAGGUGCAUCUGUUCCUGGGACACCAACUGGGGAUGGUGGGGGAGAAGGAGCUCAGACAAUACAGUGUUUGCAUCUACAUUUCUUACAUGUUUGCUUCUAUUUUAUUUAGCCAAUGAUUUAUAAAAGGCUUAUGUAAUUUGUGGCACCGUAUACAAAACUCAAAUCGCCCUGCAGUUCUCCUCCAGGAUGAGGCUGACCUAGCUUAGUAUAUUUGUUUUGAGACAGGCUAAGAGGAAAUUUCUGUGCUCUCCUGCAGCCCUAGACUACCACAGAUCAGAGCAUUUUAAGUCUUCACUGAGACUUCAUUAACAGGCUUACAAGUGUCUCCAGUCACCAGUGAUCUGCCCUAAAUAAUGACCUGCCUUAAACGCUUGACUUCCCCCAUAGAUCUAAUUAGAAGUUGUUUCCUAGAAUAAUAAAAGGAUAUAUCAGCAAUAUAGUCCACCACCUAGCAGUUACAAGUGAUUUUUUUUGGUUCUAUCUUGUCUCCUUACAGAUGCACAUACAUCUAGGACAUUUUUACAUGUGCUCUGUAUGGGGGGGAAGGAGUGCUUUAAUGAAUGUGGCUCCAAGAGCCGCUCUAAUUCAAGCGCCCGGAGCCUCUCAUGUAUUAGCAUCCCUGUGCCACUUUGAAGGGUGGCUCCACAUGCUUGUUGAGCGAUUUUUAAUUAAAGUUCCCCCACCACCACUUUGAAGCGUGGGGAUGCUGAUACAUGAGAGGUGGAGGCUGCCUGGAGAUCGGUAAUUACCACACUCCCGCAGACUCAAUGAAUCGAGUCUGCUCCAACACACUGUAAUUACAGUGGAGCAGCGUCCUGGCUCAUGUACAGUCACCCUUAAUGACUUAAGUCCUCCCAUUUAAAACUCCUCCUCAUGGCCAGCUGAGGGAAUCCCCAUGAUGUAAUACUGAUUUUUGGGGGUUUUUUAAUUUAAAAAGAUGAGCUUUUGCACAGGGUAGAGGGUGGUUUUUGGUUGUGUUUGUGCAACCUAUAGACACAUGUCAUGAAAGUUCCUCCCAAUUAGCUCUGUCAGUGCAUCUGUUGCUAAUUGGCAAUACCUCUGACAUUUCAGUUGACUGAAGGUCAUUGAGUGGCCUGUAGUUACCCGGGUCCUCCCUUCUGCCCUUCAUGUGGAUGGGCGCAACACUGGCCCUCUUCCAGUCCUCAGGGACUUCUCCAGAGCGUCACGAGUUGUGGAAGAGUUUCACCAAGGGUUCCUCAAUGACUUCGGCCAGCUCCUUCAGCACUCUUGGAUGAAGAUCACCUGGUCCCACUGACCUGUCCAUGUCUAAUAUUUUUAAUUGAUCACACGCCAAUUCUACGGCAAUAGUAGGAAGGCAGUUAUUCCUGCCGUGCUCAUCCUGUACUCCACCUGGCGCUGUUUUCCCCUUGGUCCAGUGAAAGACCGAGGCAAAGUAGUCAUUCAGGAGUUCAGCUUGCUCCUGGGUGCUGGUAGCCAGCUCUCCUGCGUUGUUGAGCAAUGGCCCCACACUCCCAUUUAUUUUUGUCCUGUAACCCAUGUACCUAAAGAAGGACUUCUGGUUGUCCGUGAUUUCUGUUGCUAAUCUAAGUUUGGUCGCCACUUUUGCCUUUCUUGUCUGUUCCCUGCAAAUGCGGCCAUCCUUGUAUAGUCCUCCUUGGGGCCUGCCCGAGCUUCCCUUGUUUGUACGCCUCUUCCUUCUUUCUUAAGAGGACCGGGAUUUCCCUGUUUAGCCAAGAGGGCUUCCCAACUCUUCUGUUACCUUUUUCUCUGCAUGGGAAUGGACUUCCUCUGUGCUUCCCUACUUGUUGAUUGAAAAAUGUAUGCCCCAAAGAACUUAUGCUCUCAAUCGUACAUAUAGGCUGUUCGCACGUGUGCGGGAAGCAGGGCGGAACAGCACUUUACUUUAAACACCACGUGCUCCUGUGCUAAGCCCAGCACAGGCCUAGAAGAAGCAUCGCAUUAAUUGCAGUUGGCUUUCCCAAUGUCUGUAUAGGUCAGAGGUUUAGGUUGUAGCCGUGUUGGUCUAAGGACAUAGGCAGACAAGGUUCCUUGGGUGAAUUUGAUAUCUUUUAUUAGACCAACCCAAAUGGUUGGAGAAUAGUUAUUAAGCAAGCUUUCGGGUUCAAAAACCCUUCAUCAGGCUAAGGAAGUGUCAGCAGUCGGUGUGUGCUCUUCCUGGAUGGAAUGACAAGUAAAGGAGCCAGGGGCUGGGCUGGGCUGGGCGGGGGAGUCAGUUGCCAGGCAGAUUGUAAUGUAUCAAAAAUCCAAUGUCUAUGUUUAGUCCCUGAUCUCUAGUAUCCAGGAGGUUCAUGAAAUGGAGCUCAUAGGCUCAUCUCUGGGAAGUGUUGUGUAAGUUUCCCUUGAGGAUCAGGACUGUGAGAUUGGGGAGAGAGUGGUUUUCUUGUGAGAAAUGUGCCCCCACUGGUAAUUGGGUAUUUCUGUCUUUGAUGGAUUUCCGGUGUGCGUUCGUUCUGGUGCGCAGUUGUUGUCUGGUCUCUCCUACAUAUCUUCCAUCAGGGCAUUUGGUGCAUUGGAUGAGGUAUAUUACAUUUCUGGAGGUGCAGCUGUAAGAUCCUGGGAUGCUGCUGGCUCUGUUGUGGGGUGUAGUAAUAGUGGAGGCGGUGGAGAUGUGGGGGCAGGUUUUGCAUUUCUUGUCCUGGCACGGUCUGGAUCCUUUUGGUGUGUUCUGGGGUUGAAGAAGUUUGCUUCUGGUGAGGAGGUUGGCGAGGUUCGGUGCUUGUCUGAAGGCUAGGAUGGGUGGCUCUGGGAAGAUCUUUUUAAGAAUAGGGUCUCUGCCUAGUAUGGGUUGCAAUUUUUUGAGGAUUUUCUGUACGGGUUCAAGGGAGGGGUGAUAUGUCAUAACCAGCGGUGUGCGAUUUGUGGGGGGGUUUCUUCUGUACUGCAGCAGUUCUUCACAUGGUAUCCUGGUGGCUCUUUCACACGUGCGAUCUCUCUCUCUGGAGGAGUGUCCUUGCUGGGUGAAAGCCUUUUUAAGAUUGGUGAGGUGGCAAUCUCGGGUGUGCUCUUCAGUGCAAAUGCGGUGGGAUCUGAGGGCUUGGCUGUAUAUCACAGCUUUUUUGGUGUGUUUCAGGUGAUUGCUGGUUCUGUGCAGAUAUGUAUGUUGGUCUGUGGGUUUCUUGUACAACGUGGUCUGUUAUCAUUCUGGAUACUGAUCAUUGUGUCUAAAAAGGAGAUGCUGGUGCUGGAGUAUUCUAGAGAAAGUUGGAUGGAGGGAUGGGGAUUGCUGAAUUUCUGGUGGAACUCAAUCAGAGAUUGCAGAUUUUCAGUCAUUCUUGACGGGUAAUUUGCUGGUAUAUACACAUACCUUACAUUGCACCGUGGUGGAAAAUCCAGCUGUCCUUGCAAAUCUGCUCUCUCUGGGGUGGGACGCUGCCGUGAGUAUUUCCCAGCAAAUCUUCAGGCGGAGCCUGUGAACCAUUCACUUAAGCUUAACCAGGUGCUAAUGAGCAGUACCUGGCCAGUCUACCAGGGCUGCCUCCUUCAAUCAACCCUAGAAAUGGGGAGUUGUGACUCCAAAGAGCCCCCUGGGGGGCUGCUGGGGAUCUC